UUACUGUGUAAACGUUUAGAUUCAAAGCUAUCAGAUUGAGGAGGAAGAAGCAGAUGGAGCAAUUAUCUAAUGGCUCGAUCACUGACAAUAUUUUCCCUUCAGCUCCGGCUCCUCUUAAACAGCCUUUCGUGAUCGGUGUUGCCGGCGGAACCGCCUCCGGGAAGACAACGGUCUGCGACAUGAUCAUGUCUCAGUUACACGAUCAACGUGUCGUGCUUGUGAACCAAGAUUCGUUUUAUCAUUCGCUGAGUGAAGAGAAACUAAAGAAGGUUCACGAAUACAAUUUCGAUCAUCCUGACGCGUUCAACACGGAGGUUUUGCUUUCUUGUAUGGAGAAACUACGGUCUGGCCAACCAGUGAGCAUCCCUAGCUACGAUUUCAAAACCCAUCAGAGCAUUGAGUCAGCCAGUCCGGUUAACCCAGCUGACGUAAUCAUCUUAGAAGGGAUAUUGGUUCUUAAUGACCCUCAAGUUCGUGACCUCAUGAACAUGAAGAUCUUUGUCGAUACAGAUGCUGAUGUACGUCUCUCGAGGAGGAUACAGCGUGAUACCGUCCAGAGAGGAAGAAACAUCCAAAACGUGCUUGAGCAAUACACCAAGUUUGUGAAGCCGAGCUUUGAUGAGUUCAUCCAGCCAUCGAUGAAGUAUGCUGAUAUAAUCAUACCUCGAGGAGGAGACAACGAUGUUGCCAUUGACCUCAUUGUUCAACAUAUCCGUACAAAGUUGUGCCAACACAACCUCUGUAAGAUAUACUCAAACAUCUUCAUCAUAUCUUCUACGUUCCAGAUCAAAGGAAUGCAUACUCUUAUCCGCGAUGUCAACACAACAAAGCAUGAUUUCGUCUUCUAUGCUGACCGAUUGAUUCGACUGGUUGUGGAACAUGGACUUGGUCAUCUUCCUUUCACAGAGAAACAGAUAACUACUCCAACAGGAUCGGUGUACACUGGAGUAGACUUCUGCAAGAGAUUGUGUGGCGUCUCGGUGAUCAGAAGUGGAGAAAGCAUGGAGAACGCACUAAGAGCUUGUUGCAACGGAAUCAAGAUUGGUAAAAUCUUAAUCCACAGAGAGAAUAACGAUGGUCGUCAGUUGAUAUAUGAGAAGUUACCAAAAGACAUCGCAAGCAGACAUGUCUUCCUCCUUGACCCUGUUCUAGCUUCAGGAAACUCAGCAGUGAAGGCUAUAUCUUUGCUUAUCAGUAAGGGAGUUCCAGAAUCACAUAUCAUCUUUCUUAACCUCAUAGCAGCACCUCAAGGUAUUCAUGCGCUAUGCAAGAAACAUCCAAUGGUAAAGAUUGUGACUUCGGAGAUGGAUGCCUCCCUCAAUGAGGACUCGCGUGUGAUUCCAGGCCUGGGAGAAUUCGCAGACCGUUACUUUGGUACUGACAACUCAAAAAAUUAUCAAGCUGGUCUGAAAGUCUCAAAGUGAGCUAAAAAGAUGUGCUGUUUUUUCAUACUUCUUAAUUAAAAGAAUGUGAUGUUCCCUUCACAAAUAACCUUCUAAUACAUCCUGAGUUUCUUCCAACCUCAUUUUUUUCUGGUUUGCCAACAUUCGUUUAAAUUCUCUGUUUCUCC